AUGACUAGUGUUUCGAAACCAAAGGCUACCGCAGAUGACUUUGAAGAAGAAGCCGAACGAGCGUUUCAGCGUGCUUCCGCUCAGCAAAACCAUAAAGGAGAUGAAUUCGAUUUCGAAUUUGAAAGCGCUUUUCAAAGUACCACUCCAUCUUUUCAAACUAAACAUUUACCUACCACAUUAAAUGACUCCCGUGACAACUCAGAUUCUUCCCACCGUCCUUCUCAGCUCCCAGUUAAAACAGAGGGAUUACCAAGCAGUCUUCCAUCAAGUCAAGGGUAAGAACAUAAUGACAGACUGUUUUAAUUUGAAGGACUUGUUUGCGUUUCAGUAUUAAAAUAUUGUACUGCUGCUUUCUCGUACACACGUCGUUAUAUUGAACGCGUGAUGGCUGUUUGGUAACUCAUAUAUUUUGUGGUUAAAAGUUACUGUAGAUCUCAUAGAAAAAACUAAGGUGAGUUCAUUUAAAUAGAGUCAAUAAAGAAAGUAAAUUACUUUUUUGAGCUUCCUUGUUUUGAAUUGAGCCAUUUGCUCAAGCUCCUGUUGCUUUAGUAAGCAUUUUUACGUUCAAAGAAGAUAAGGCGGUAAGAUUUUCGCACUUUCUAUUUCACACAAAUAGUUUACGUUAUGGGGCUGGGUGGAAAUAUUAGACCGAACAGCUGCUAAACUUCUCUAUGCUUCAAUAAAAGUUUCAUCCUAGUGUAACCUAAGCACUACCAAGUAGAAUUUGCUCCAAAGAAGAGUGGGGACGUUCCAUGUUGUACCGGCCCCAAGGAUGAAAGGUUUUCGAGCAAAGGGGUUCCGAUUUUUUCUUCAAUUAAGCCGACAAGAUUUGGACCCCUUGGACAAAUUUUUCAAAGGUGCCAACAACACGUGAACUAUUUGGAUUUCAUAAUUCAAAGUGUGCCAACAAAAAUUAGAGGGCUCUGAUUUCCAUCAUUUUUAGCAGGGGGGGUGGGGAGGGGGAGGGGAGUUGUGCGGAUAAAAAAUGGAACGUCCAGUGAUAAACAUGUCAAAACUUUGAUUGGUGACAGUUUGUAGAGAACCCUCAUUCUCUAAAAACAGCUCAAGUAAGUUCAAAAGAAAAGUGACUAGUUUAAUACACUGAAAAUUAAUGACAAAGAACAGAAAAAUAACUAAUGUGUGGAGAAAGUUCAAAAACUAAGAAAAUUUCCAUUACAGAUCUUAAAAUGAAAAAUGACUUUGUGUAGAAAGCCAUGAUCAGCAGUGGUAGGAACAAACGCCUCAAAAAUGUCAUGAUUGUAUCCUUCCUUAGGCUUAUGUAUAAGAUUGCACUGGAAGAAUAAAACUGUAGUUAACUUGAAAUAUCAUGUCACUCGCCUAUUUGCAUGCAUUUUCUUAUUUUUUUUCUCUUAUCGAGAGACAGUCCCCUAAAAGUAAUGUGAUCUUAGUUUGUUGCUGAUACUCCAGACAUUAGCCAAUCAUAAUAUGCUUUGUGAAGGCAAUGCAUGAUUCAUUCACUCUGGAUUUGGGACUAGUCUCUUAUGAUUUCAUCUCAGUCUGCUGUCCCCUUUGGUUCUUGGGUCACCAGGCUUUUCUGCUCGAGCAUGUGUCACCUCACCUCACCUUUUUAUUAUGUCUUAUUAGAACUAACCUGUAAGGAAAAUGCAAAAUUCCAAAAUUGGUUUGAAAAAUCAGGAGUUUAAAAGAGUGGGGAUUUCAACAAGUCACAUCUUGUUUACAAUAAUUAUAGUGUUUCUUAUUAGAACAAAGAAGGCCAAUGUACAGAAGCAAAUCCAAGGGAGCAACUUUCAGUUUGAAAAAUCGGGAGUUUCCAAAAAUCAGGCAUUCUAAAACUCAGCAUUCCACUGUAUGAUAUAUUUUCUUUUGGCUGCUCAGGUCCAGUGCAUCAGAAAUCAACAGAUAUUCUGCCAAUCCAGAUGUUGCUGGUGAGUCUGAACUAGGGGUACGAUCUGUCAGUCCAACAUCAGGGUACACAAGAGCCGGUAAACGGAGGAGAAGAUCUGAUAAAGACAACAUUCCACCAGGGGUUCGCAAGUUGCCUUCCCCUCCUACAACACUUGAGCAAGCUCAGAUGGAGUGGGAUCUGGUAGAGACUGUACAGCCAGGUACUAAAUGUAGGCCUUUUACUAAUAGUUUCCACUGCAAAGUGAAGGUUAUGGAUGCAAUGAUUUAACAAAGAAUUACAUAAUUUACAAAAUCCUCUUUUGAGCUUCACUAGACAGAUGAAAAAGGGACCCAGCCCUUUGGAUGCACUUAAUUGAUUUUGGGUAAUUUAACUACGUGUUACCACUUACUGGUGUUGUAAUUAUCUGUAGGGCACUCAUUUGUGAUCAGAGAUACAUGUUUCAUAUCCUAAUCAACCAUGCUCCUAACUAAAAACUUUGCCCAAUCACCCACAAAGCAAAUUGACAGCCAAAAGUGAAUGUUCUAGUAUAAAAACAACAGGUGGUCUCAAACACAAAAAUCUUGGUGGUUGUUAGUAUUCCAUCAAGAUUACCAUAAUCAUCUACGUCAAAUUUUGCUGUUACAAUGUACGUAUGAGGAAAAAGUUUACGUGUGAGCAAUGGAGUGAGUGAGCGAGCAUGAGCGAAAGAAUGAAUUUGCCAUUGUGUUCAAUAACCCAUUCAUUAUGCUUCCCAUAUUCACUGGUUUAAAAAAAUUACCUUCAAUCUUUGCUUCUAUCAUGUAUAAAACUUUUUAUUACCAAGGAGGAACGGCUCUAAAACAUUCUAUCAGGAAAAUAACUACAACAAAGCCUGGAUGUGCAACCUAGCAAAAACAUCGAAUUUAUUCACUGUAGAGUUCCAGGAUUAGAUUCACAUAUAAUCUUUACUUGCUUUCGAACUCUUUGGUCGCAAAAACAUGGCUCUCUACACAAAGCAGUAAUUUUUCCACAUUCCUCUUUAUUGACAAUCAAGUAUUCUAUAGGAUAAAAUAUUUACUUUCCCCUUCCAAUGAUAAAAAGGUGUGUUUUCCUUCUGAAGCCAUUGACUACAUGUAAAAAACAAAGGGCCUUGAUUCAAGUGCCAAUUUGAUGAUAUACAAAGUCAUACAUAUUUACAUCCAUUAAAUCUCAAAAGCGGCUUGCUUCUGGCACAGGCAGCCCAGGCUGGUCAGGUACAGUGCAGACAGCCUAAAAUAGUGUGCAGCGAAACCUGGUGGCUGUGCAACAAUUAAUUUUCACCUGUACAUGACUUAGUCAUUAGUUGUUGGUCAGUCAGUCAACUUGCUGUGUGGAAAAAGUUUAAAUUCAAGGUCUGCCAUUUUCCUUUUAGUUUUAUGGCAGCAAGUACAUCCACAAAAAAGUAACGAAAAAUGUAGAUAGGACUCAUCAAUAAAAAAAAGUGUUUUAAGUUAAGUUUUUUUUUUUCAGUUCAUUUGCCCCUCAGUCUUCUCACCAGGAUUUUGCCUUGGGGAGUCCCAGGGCCCCCUCUGUUGAGAAAUAGGAGCCCUGUAAGAACAUAUGAGAGGGACAAAGUAUGAAUAACCUGAGCCCGCACUCCAAAUGAUCUGUUACAUGAAGUACCUACCUGAUCCAAUAUGGCUGACGGGGUGUUACGAUGCAUGCACUAAUCUUCACAAUGUACAUGGGACCAAUGAAAGUUAAGGAAAUAGAAGAAUUCUAUUUAAAGAUUUAAAGUCUUUUAUUAUUAAAGACCUUAAAUCUUUUGAUAUCAUGUUUUUUAUUCUUUCAACCAAGCAAAAUGCUGGGGUGUUAGGUUGACCAUUAAAACUACUUAACUAUAAAUGUUAUAAAGUCCAUUUGACUCAUAGCAUGCCUCUGUGCCCUAACAGGCACAUCUUCUUGGCUUUUUAUGCACUAUCUCAGAUUUUCUUACGGGAAUCCUGUAAGGCCAUGGUCUGGUGAGAACACUGCUCCCUUGAAUUAAGGCCUAAUUGCCGCUAUUGCUUUAGCUAUAAAUUUGACUUUAAAAAAAACACAGGACUUGUUCUGAAGAGUUGAGCACUUUGCAGGGCCCUACACUUUACUGCAAGAAAUUAAUGGCUUAUCUUUUACCACUGGCUUUGUUUGUGUGGUGAACUGUACACAUUCUCAAUAAAUGGUGGGGCCACUUACAGUUAUAUGUCAUGAAUGUAUCUUUUCAACCAGUUUUAGGGCUUUUUGAACAGAUGAAAAGAAUACAGAAUAAAUUUCUUAAAUCAUGAUCCUGUUCAUUUAUUAAAGAACUUAGUUGUUGUUUGUUUGAUGUGUUUGUUGUUUUUUGUUUGGUUGUUUUUUUUUUCUAUUUUAGGUGGUUAAGUUGCUUGACAUCUAUGUUACAGAUCAAAAUUGAUUUCAGGUUAAAUUUUUUUAACCUAGGCUGAUUCUCAAUUUCCUUUGUCUCCUAGCCCUAAUUAUUCAUGAAUUAAAGCUAGAGGACAAAAGAAAUUGAGAAUCACCCUCUGAACUUAAUUUUGACUUGUAACAUCUAUUCUAGUUUCAUUUAAUCAAAAAAAUAGUGGGUAACUGCCAGUUCAUAACCAAAUUUACAAUAAUUAUUGUGGGCUAAAUCUGAAACCAAGCAAGAUGAAGAGAAUACUGAGUUCUGAUUGGCUACUCAAGCAGCUAGAAAAAUGUCUUUUUUUGGCCAUGUAAUAAAUCAUUUAUUGGCCAAAGCUUGUUUUGUCAAGAUGCCUGGAUAUUGGCCUCAUUUUUUUUUGCGUUUUUAGUGAACUUGACUUCAUCUUGUUCCUUUAAAAUGCAAAACAGAGCUUGGCCAAUAUCCAGCUAUCUUGACUGCAUGCUUGGUCAAUAACACUUUAAACAUCUUUCUCUUCUAAAGAAAACUACAUGUAUGUUGAGAUGGUUUGUCCUUCCAUCUUUUUACCUGCGGACAAAAUCCUAUCUUAUUUAAUACCGUUCAAAUCAAACCUCUUUGGAGAAACUUUUCAAUGGUACUACAUGUACCAUUACUGAAAUAAAUUAAUUCGAGAUGGUUUUUUUUCUUAAUUUUUUACUUAAGCCACUCAUAGAAGUGAAAGGGUUAAGAAAGAGGAUGGUAAGCCUGUGAUGCCACAUUUACACCAGUGACUGUCUGUUGUAUUUAAUAGGAAAUGGCCAGGCUGGUAGUCGUUCUCCUCUCACUACUUUCCAGGAUGCAGUGCGUCAUUGUCAAACAGCAAGCUAUCUUGAACAGCACAUGUCACACAUCAAACCAACAAUUAAACACCGUGGCAUGGCUGCUGUGACCAAUAAACUGUUUGGACCUCCGUCAAUGAACAGUAACCUUCAUAUGGAACGAAACCUCAUCUUUGCACUUGCACUGUGCAUGUUCAAGAAUGAUGAGCCCAUGCACAAUCAUGUGCUGCAAACCAUAUAUAAGAAACUGACAGGAACAAAGCUUGACUGUCCUCGCUAUGGCAACCACUGGGAGUUGAUUGGGUUUCAAGGUGCACAGUUUACAUGUAUAUUUGAUGCAUGGCAAAAAUGGCCAUAACAAAAUCAAAUAAAAGUCUCAGUUGUUAGCAACAGCAUUGAAGAGAACAGGAAAUUUGUGUACUUCCAAUUUUAUUGACACUGAUUCCGUGAUGAAGACGGUGUUGUUAUGAAGAAUUUUGUUUGAUUUACUUAAAUCUAUUUUCACAUGCUUAACGUAAGACUAUGCUCUAAGGAGCCCAGUGUUCUGAGCCUGUGUAAUCCACAGUGCCUACAUAUGAUUGUUGUGUUGAAACUGAGACUUGUUUAACCUUCACAGGGAACACUGUUUUGCAUUGCUCUAGGAAAUCUUGUGUGGCAUAACGCAACCUGUAGAUUAGUCAGUUAUUUGCCAGCAGAUAACUAAUAUGCAGUUUGGGCUGUGAAUUCUUUAUCAAGUUUUCGCCAUGUUUGCAUGUUGGAUGCCCAGCAGAUAUACUGUAGUCAACUUCUGCCUUCUUGCGAGAACAAGUGCAGUGAUGCUCAUUAUGAUUAUCAAUGGAAGGUAAUGCGUAUGAUUUAACGUAUUAUAAAAUUCCCUUUAUUUCUUUAAAGGACUCGACCCAGCAACAGAUUUACGUGGAUGUGGAUUUCUUGGUUUACUGACAACACUUUACUUAGUGACAGAACAUCGGACACAUGGUCUCGCUGUGGACAUUUACAAGCUCUCUCAACAUGAAACACAGAACUUCCCAUUUGCCAUCAUGUCUAUCAACAUCACAAGAAUAGCACUUCAAACACUCAGAGAGGGGAAAUUAAAUAAGUGAGUAGUCAUUUUUGGUUACAAGCCAUUUCCUACAUAGUCAUUUCGCUAGACUACAGUUGAUUCAAUCUGUUUCGUUGUAAUGUACUUUAUGUAUUUGCAUCGAUAAGAAAAAGCCUUUAAUGUAAAGACCUACCCCAACAGAGACAGUCGCCUGUGAGCCAGUCCGGAAAACCGGGAUAGCACGGUUCGUGUCUUAUUUUUCCAUGAAAUGUUUGUCGUGUUUAUUGAGAUGGCGGGCUGGGCCGCUUGCGUUUAGGGUCGUGAAUCAUUGAAAAAGUCUUAAAAUUUGCAUCGAGAUUUUCCAGACCUGGAAAAAGUCUUGAAAAUAGCGAUAAAUUCUGGAAAUGUGGGAACAAUUCUGGAGUUCUCUCUUUCAGGGAAUGCAAUCGUCGUAGUCAAGUUCUGCCCAUCUUUGCGGAGUUCUACGCAGCAAUUUACCUUCAUAUCUACCAAGUUUGGAAGCAUCAGCAUAAGACUAUCACUGACUCGGGAUUUGUACUAAGGGAAGCAGAAAAGCUUGCCAAGAAAAGACCUCGUGAACUUCUCAGAAACUUGGAACGGGUGUUGACAGAUCGUCAGAGCUUCAUAAAAGCCGACGAAGACAAUUUUUCUCCGAAAGCGAGACAACAAGUUAUUAUGGACAGAUUUGCGGGAGUUUGUGACUUGAAAGUGGACGAAGAGGAAGAAGUUCACUUAGUGUAGAGUACUCACAAAGAGAAUUCCAAGUAUACGACAGUGGAUUGUCGGUCGUUUAUAAUCAGACGCAAAAAAGCCUCUUAUUCUCAAGUCCAUUCUUUAAAGACUAAGUCACCAUUCCNACCUGGAAAAAGUCUUGAAAAUAGCGAUAAAUUCUGGAAAUGUGGGAACAAUUCUGGAGUUCUCUCUUUCAGGGAAUGCAAUCGUCGUAGUCAAGUUCUGCCCAUCUUUGCGGAGUUCUACGCAGCAAUUUACCUUCAUAUCUACCAAGUUUGGAAGCAUCAGCAUAAGACUAUCACUGACUCGGGAUUUGUACUAAGGGAAGCAGAAAAGCUUGCCAAGAAAAGACCUCGUGAACUUCUCAGAAACUUGGAACGGGUGUUGACAGAUCGUCAGAGCUUCAUAAAAGCCGACGAAGACAAUUUUUCUCCGAAAGCGAGACAACAAGUUAUUAUGGACAGAUUUGCGGGAGUUUGUGACUUGAAAGUGGACGAAGAGGAAGAAGUUCACUUAGUGUAG